AUGGCUACCCGCAAAAAGAUUAUCAAGAAUCUGUACAGCAAGCUCAAGGAGAGCCAGGCGGAUGACGCUCCCCUACCUUCGCCCACCCUCGUUGAGAUCAAGUUCUACCUGAAGCGUCACAAGCGCUGCAGGCAGAUCUGGCUCGAAAACGAUCCGGAGCCCCUUGAUCCUCUUGCUCUGCCUUCCCAGGACAUCCCUCAAUUCAUCUUAUCACAGCUUCAAGCCCAGAAUAUCGCUGACAAGCCUAGACACUCUGUCCAGAUCUCUACAAUCCUUGCCGUCCUUUCUGAGGACCUCGCACGAACGCCCACUGAAGGCCGACCGGUUCCUACGCUUUUCCUCUGGCACAGUUCUGGGGGCGACAAACGACGCACCUACUGCAUCUUCGCCCACCUUACGCGCUCUAUGGAGUCACGUACCUAUAGUGCCGAGGAGCUGCUCGAGCUCAGAAGCUCGGAGAAUCACCAAACCCUGCUGAAGAUGCUCAAAGUCAACCCCGAAAUCGGUGACGUAGUCAAAGGCAAAGGCAACAUGCCACCUGCUCAGGCCCGACGACUGAAGAAGCCGAAGGAGGACCCCUCGUCAUCCACAGAGAGCGAGGAGAUCAUCUUCCAAGGCAACCAGGCCAAGAAGCAGCCUCAACAGGGCAUCGGAGAAGACAUGCAGUGGAAGUAUAGAGGCCGAAGCGCAUCUGAAGUCACCUCAAGCGAGCCCCUUUCGGCCCCUACAGGACUCGCUGCGCAGCAAAGUGAAGGCUUCCAGAGAUUCUUUAAAGCAGUGGUCUCUCCCACACAUGUCCGCGUUACCGCUGGUGGCAGAAUUGUCCCCAACACCCGAAACUCCGCAUCUCCCAUGGCGAAAUGGGACAAGGAUCGAUCGGCCCCGGAGGGACAAGAGUCGGCUGAGGCCAUCAAAGAGGCAAAGCCUGAACCUGCCCCCGGCAUCAAUCACCAGGCGCCACCCCCGAUGAUCUCGCCCAUCUAUCCAGGCCAUCCUGCGUUCUUUCAACACAUGGGAAUGCCUAUGCCCCUUUACCACCCCAUGCAGAAUGGGUUCCCCUUUGCUUACGGCUAUCCGCCUCUGCAGCCCCACGUAGCGCAGUCAGGUCCUUCGCAAUUCGAAUCCAGCCAGAGUCAACAGAAUGCUGGGAUGGCUUCGACCGGUACCAAGACCGAAGGGGGAACUAGCGAUAAGUUGGCCGCUGCUCCGGUCAGGAUUUCGCCUCCUGAAAACUUCGAUCAGAACCGACCUUUCUUCUACAAUGGCCAGGUGCUCUAUCCUCCCAUGGGAUCUGCCCCGCCUCAGAUGCCCCCUAUGAUGCCGGUUCCCUACUUCCAGCAUGGCAUGGUAGGCAACCCGGCGUUUGCUGUUCCCCGUAUGCCCUCCAUGUCUCAAUCAUCUGCUGCACCGAUGCCCAAUCUUCACGGCCCUCAACCAGUUCAUUUUGGUGCCGUGCAAGGUGCGGGUGGCCCACCUCAACUGUCGCAACCUCCUGUUGGACCCAAGGGGGGACUCGCACCUCCUAUCACUUCGAUCAAACCAAGCGACAUUACCAAGCGUCAGCUCGAUUCGCUGAGAUCAUCGCUUCGAUACUACGAGGACCAGCUGCAGUACAACAAGCACCAGAUUGAUGAAAAGUGGACUCAGGAACAGGCUCAUAAGAUCAAGCAGAACAUCGCGCAGUUCGAGCACAACUACAAGAUGCAGCUGAGCUUUGAAGCCACAUACUACCCGAGGUCUGAACAGGGCAUCGCAGCGGAGUCAACUUUUUGCAAGACACCCUCUAGACCUUCAAGCAUCAAGGGAAACCACGCGAGCGAGUCCUCUCAGCAUGGCUCCAUCCGGUCUAAUGGACACGCUGCUUCUCUCAGACACCUCCAGUCGUUCGAUCGCGUCAGCACUCGUUCCAAUCCUAUCAGGAACAAAUCGGCUGUCGGUAUCAACUCAAGCAAGGGCAAUGACACAUCGGCCCAACUAGAUGCUGUGGAGGCACACAUUAUGCGAAAGAUGGAGGCCGAGGCGGCUGAAGAAGCGAAGAAGGCUAGUCUUCCGAGUGGUGCUGCCAUGGCACCGCCUUUCCGUCCUGGCCCGACGACCGGUUCAGUUCCUAAGCCGAUGCCGAACGGUUGGAACCCAUCAAACAAUAUGGGUAUGUCUGGAGGGUUCCCCGGUGGAUACAACCCAGGUCAAUGGCAGUCGUCGGGUGUGCCUGCUCAGACCCAACGUGGUAGCUGGGAAACCGCGCAGUCUGCGUCCACCUACUUCACCAACGCUUCAACACCUGCAGAAGCUGGGACUACUUCUACUGACAUAUCCGGCCAAAGCGGCUACACCGUCCCUUACCUCGUCGGAUCGUUACCCCAGGGAAUGAACCCCUAUAGCGCCCGGGGAACUGACUAUGUGUAUUCGCGAGAGCUCACGGACGAGGAGAAACGUGCGCGACAUGUCUACUGGGGCCAAGUCUCAAGCAAGGGGUUAGGCUUGCCCAAGUUCGACGGGAAGGAUUUCUAUCCGCCCUCGCCGGUCAAGGCGUCGGAGGAGUCUGGGCAGGCACCCAAAGUCCGAACUCGACAGAUCCCCACUGGACGGCCGGAGGCUGACUACAGCUUUCAGCUGAAAGCUUCGGAGAAUGAUCCAUUCCGUUCAAGCCGUGAUGCUGUGAGUAUCCGCUCGCAUGAGAGCGGCCCGAAGUUCAGCAAGGCCAUACCGAUCGUGGCGCCUGACGACUCUGGUCGACAAGGCUCGAAGACAUCUACCAAUGACGGUGCCGGCAAAGCUGAUAAGACCAAGUCUGCCUCUGGCAAGUCUACUGGCGAGCCAGUCUCCGACAAAAAAUCAGCCUCGCUUAGCCGCAGAGCUUUGGAGAGAUCUAGCAACAAAUCCGGGCAUGAACUUUGGCAAACCAUGCUGAAGAAGGGGUCGGGAUCGACCAGUGGAAAUGCGCUGCCUAGUGCUGUCUCCGCGACCACGGCCACUGCGUAUCUGCCCCAGUUCUUCGGACACGCUGCAUCGUCGCUGAGCCCGGCGGUCUUGAACACAAACAGCUCUCCCGCUCGUUCUGGCACCGCCAGCCAAGAUAAGCCGGGUGAAGUUGAUAUCUCCCUGCCGGCCGCACAGAAGGUCGGAGAGAACUGUCCACCCAGCUCAGCUCCCUCGUUGGAGUACGACGCCACGAAGGAUUUGCAUGAGCGUAUGCUGCGCGAUGCCGAGCGACGAGGCGUCAUCGGCUCCGACUGGCAGUAG